AUCAAACUGGACGCUUUGGCGGUUGGUGGACAAGAUGGUUGUCGUGUGAUCCAGAUUCUUGAAGGUGGUGCAAUCUUCCAAAAUAACGCGCUCGGAAUAAAUGACUACGUGACGGAGAUAAACGGUCGUGAUAUGCGCGGCUUAACCAAUUUGGAAGCGUUUAACAUUCUGCGCGAUGUGUCUGCAAACUGUGACACGGUCUCAAUCCGAUUUAUACCAGCAUCAGCAGUCCAAAUACAUCGAUUGUUCAAUCUGGAGCGAUUAGGUCAGUCCGAACGACCGCCUCUAGUGCCCCCAGUGAGCGCUGCAGAUGGACCUGGCAUGACCAAUCAUUUGGAUGUUCCUACCCAUUCCUGGAUGAAAGUGGGCCGAGUCAGUCUACGCCGUCAACCGCAAGAGAAAGCUUGGGGUCUAGAACUAUCAGAUCAAAUGCCAGAAAAUCUACGCCAAAUGACUUCAUUCCCUCGCACAUUGGCUCAUCCGACCUGGAUUUCAAACAUUGCAACUGAUUCGCCGGCCGAUCGGUGUGGUUCACUUCGUCCCGGGGAUUUGAUUCUCCAACCAUCAGGAAACGUACAGUCAAAUGGUGAACAAGAUGAUUCGGAUCCACUAAUGAACGGUCCUUCAUCAAUCGCGGCCAACCGUCAAUCGCGAUCGGCUCAUGAACUGUCUCCCGAAUCUAGUCAGAUGGACACACCGGAGCCAUUGACUGAAUUGGAAUCUCGAGAUGAGCUAAAUGUUUUAACGCGUUCGAUUCCAUCGCCGGUGCAUCGAAACGGCGGACAGACAGAUUCUGGCGAAGAAGGCGGACGCACGGCCCUAGAUGAUCAGGGUCCGGUUGUCUCAGUUGCCUGUCCGGUAAUUCGAGAUGAGACCACAUUGAUGAGUGGUCGUGCCGCUCUGACUCCCUUGAAACUGACUAACGGGACUCUGACCAAUGGAGGUAUGGUUUCCCCUCUGCCACCACCACUCCCACCGCGUCGGUUUUCUCGCGAAACGAAACCGGUUCCAGAUGAAAUCGAUCAGCAAAUACCUAUCGCAACAGGUGAUCCAGUGACUCUGUACACACGCGCAUAUCUUCCCGGAGAUGAGAUUAUCGUUUUCGACUUGCCCCUGACGGACGGAUCGCAAUUGGUGAGUGAUGGAACUGUCACACCAACCGAAUUGGUCACUACCCCGUGCAAAGUUGAGAAUUUGGGAAUCCGACUAGUCGGCUCUCGUAUGCCGGAAAAAGUUGCAACCUAUAUUGGUGGAUUUUGUCCCGGAUCUAUUGCUGCAAAAUAUGGGGUUCUGAAUGUGGGCGAUGAGAUUGUUCAGGUAAGUGAAUUCAGUGUGGUCGGCCUGAGUCGAUUGACCGUUCGACGAUGUCUGGCACGGGCCAUAGCUAAAUCUGUGACCAAAUGGCAAACGAACGGGUCCGAUCCGACUAGUCCAGCUCUCCUUCAUCUGGUGUUACGAAGAAAUCCGGUUCAUGCAGAAAUGAUGGCUUCCACUCACAGUUCACCCGAACGGGAGCGAGGAAGCUUCUCCAACGACCAACUUAGUCCUCCGGUUGUCCCAUCCCGUGCUGCAGUCUCUGGAUCCGCGUUUGCAGAGCAUACCGCUGGACAGAUCGGAUUCCCGGAUGCCACCAAUCUCGUGCAUCGAUAUCCGGUCGCUCCUGAGGUUGUAAAACAGAUCGCAACCCGUUUAAACGAAUCGCUAUUCGAUCUGGAUGUGUUCGACGUGGAACUACAGCGGAUACCAUCCUCAUUAGUUCGUCGAUAUUUUCUUUCCUCACAGGACAAGGACGGAUUUGGCAUUUUUAUCGUCAAUCUUGGACCGAACGAUGUCCCGGGCGUGUUUGUUUCUGCACUGGCUCCGAACGGUGCCGCGGCUGAGCAGGGUGAACUCCAAACGCACGAUCGUAUUCUUGCCGUGAAUGGGACUGUCCCGGAGGAUUAUGACAGCACAUUGCAUUUAUUGAAACAAUCCGACACCAAAGUCCGUUUGACCGUGGGUCGCCAAAUGCAUGCAUCAGACACAGGACAUCCAUCCGCUCCCGUGGCCAGUUCAUCUCCGACUCCAAAUGCCCCGGGAACAGCCGCACUACCUCCUUUGCCUCAGUCAAUUAUCCCCGGUGUGAAGACUUUAGUUGAGUUACGACGUGAACCGAACACCACGUUCGGUUUUUCUGUGGUCGGAGGAAAAGAUACAAUGCUUGGCGACAUUCUUAUUCAUGAAGUUCAUACAAACGGUGUAGCCGCACGGGACGGCCGACUCUGUACCGGGGAUCGUUUGCUCGCUGUGAACGGUGUGAGUCUAGUGGAAGCAGAUCAUACUACCGCUUUACAGGAAUCUGUCGGUCAGGUAGAGAUCAAGGUGGAACGUACUCCGGCUUCACGUCGACCACCCUAUCCUCCAGCUUUACCGUACUAUCGUCUGAACGUGUUCACCGUGGUCCUUCAACGUCCCUCACCACAUACAUCCCAACUCUCCGUGACUGGUGCGCCAGACAAACCUCCUGAGCUUGGUUUCAGUGAACCAUUACUAGGUCCGAGUAACGUGGAUGCCAGUUUUGGUCUUUUCGUUCGGGAGGCGCGACCGGAGGAAAUCCAAGAUGCCGGCGGUCGACUUAUUGUGGAAGAGAUCAAGCCAGGUAGUCCAGCUGAUCUCUCAGCCAUGAUUCUAGUGAGUUUGCUUUUCCUUGUUAACCCCACAGAUGCCGUACAGGUGAUUCUAUAA